GUUCCUUCCACCCAUUACCCCAAGCUCACGAUCCCAACUUGAUUCACGAUGUGUGGUAUCUUCGCGUACUGCAGCUUCCUCCAAGAGAAGGACCGGAAGACGAUCUGCGAGAUCCUCGUUAACGGCCUCGCACGCCAAGAAUACCGUGGUUAUGAUUCCGCCGGCAUUGGCAUCGACGGCGACAACCGCGGCGAGAUGUUCUUCUUCAAGGAGGUCGGCAAGGUCGCGGGCCUGCGCAAGAAGAUCGCCGAGUCGAACGUCGACACGUCCAAGACCUUCCUCUCGCAGGUUUCGAUCGCGCACACGCGGUGGGCCACGCACGGCCCACCGUCGGUCGUGAACUGCCACCCGCUCAAGUCGGACCCGAAGGCUGAGUUCACCGUCGUGCACAACGGCAUUGUCACCAACGCGACCGCGCUCCGACUUGUGCUGCAGAAGCGCGGGUACAAGUUCGAGAGCGAUACGGACACCGAGGCUGUCGCGAUACUCACAAAGUACAUCUAUGACUCGCAGCCGGACAAGCGCAUGUCGUUCACGGAGCUGGUCAAGACGGUGCUCAAGGAGCUCGAGGGUUCGUUCGCGUUCGUGUUCAAGUCAUCCCACUACCCCAAUGAGAUCGUCACUGCGCGUCGCGGUUCGCCCCUCUUGAUCGGUGUCAAGACGGAGAAGAAGCUCAAGGUCGACUUUGUCGAUGUUGAGAUGGCUGGUCCCGAAGAGACCAUGGAUGCUCUCGCGUCGCCCAAAUCGGGUGGUCUCCUUGCUCCCCCUCAAGCUGGGAAUGGCCCCAACCUGCUACGCUCGCAAUCACGUGCCUUCAUGUCGGAGGAUGGCAUGCCCCAGCCGAUCGAGUUCUUCGUUGCCUCUGACGCUUCCGCCAUCAUUGAGCACACCAAGCGCGUGCUCUACCUUGAGGAUGACGACAUUGCGCACAUCUCUGAGGGCGAGUUGCACAUCCACCGCCUGCGUCAGAAAGACGGCGCACCACCCACUCCGGCACACCGCACGAUCGAGACACUCGAGAUCGAACUCGCCGAGAUCAUGAAAGGCAAGUUCGACCACUUCAUGCAAAAGGAGAUCUACGAGCAGCCCGAGUCGGUCGUCAACACGAUGCGUGGGCGUGUCAACUUUGACCGCAACCAGAUCACGCUUGGUGGGCUGCGCGCAUACCUGCCGAUCAUCCGUCGCGGGCGGCGCAUCGUGUUCUGCGCAUGCGGGACGAGCUACCACUCGUGUAUCGCGACACGUGCCAUCUUCGAGGAGCUGACGGAGAUCCCGGUCAGCGUCGAGCUUGCGUCGGACUUCCUCGACCGCAAGACGCCCAUCUUCCGUGACGACGUGUGCGUGGUCGUCAGCCAGAGCGGUGAGACGGCGGACACGAUCCUCGCGCUGCGGUACUGUCUCGAGCGCGGCGCGCUGUGCGUCGGUGUCGUCAACAAUGUCGGCUCAACGAUCUCGCGCGAGACGCACUGCGGUGUGCACAUCAAUGCCGGCCCGGAGAUCGGUGUCGCUUCGACGAAGGCAUACACGUCGCAGUACAUUGCGCUUCUUAUGAUGGCCCUCCAGCUCUCAGAAGACCGUAUUUCCCUGACUGAGCGUCGGACGCAGAUCAUUGAGGGUCUGCAUGCGUUGCCGGGGCAGAUCAAGAAGGUUCUCGAGGGCGAUAAGGCUUUGCAGCAGCUCGCUACCGGCGUGCUCGCGAACCAGCGAAGUCUGCUGCUGAUGGGUCGUGGCUACCAAUAUGCAACUUGCCUGGAGGGCGCGCUCAAAAUCAAGGAGAUCUCGUACAUGCAUUCGGAGGGCAUCCUCGCUGGCGAGCUCAAGCACGGGCCGCUCGCGCUCAUCGACGAGAACAUGCCGGUGAUUAUCGUGAUGACGCAGGAUUCGUUGUACCCGAAGGUGCAGUCCGCAUUCUCGCAGAUCACCGCGCGCAAGGCGCAGCCGAUCGUCAUCGCGAAUGAGGACGACGAGGGCAUCCCGAAGGGCGUCAAGACGAUUCGCGUGCCCAAGACGGUCGACUGCCUGCAGGGCAUCCUGAACAUCAUCCCGCUGCAGCUGCUGAGCUACCACCUUGCGGUGAGAAACGGCUUCGACGUCGACUUCCCGCGGAACUUGGCCAAGUCGGUCACUACCGAGUAAGGUGCUGGCGAGUGCCGCGGACACCCAUCUUCACGGACUCUUUCAUGGACUCUGGUAAUCGGACAGUAGAGUAUUGGUUUGUUUUUCGGAAUGGCUCUAAUAGUGGUACACGAAAAUCAAUGAAAUGUAUUUUAUGACUAGCCGAUUAGAACACUGCGUGACCUCCGC